AUGAGCAAGAAGAACUUUCAAAACAUCGACACCAGCAUUGAGGUAAUCCGCGCCAUCUAUCUCAAUUCCAUCGCUGAUGCUAUAGUUAACCACACAAAGAAUUUUGACUCCAAAUUUAAAGCACAGCCAGAUACACUUGCAAAUCGCAUUGCACAAGAGUUUGUUAUGGACUUUUUAAAGACACAUCAAAUGGAUGCUGCCUUUAAGGAGGCUUCCAUCGAAAGCAAAGACGUAAUCAAACAAGAAAGAACACAUAAAUACAUUGCCAGAAAGCUGAACCUCGAUCCGAAGAAACCAUUAUUCAAACAAAUCAGGACAGAAAUGGAUAUUAAGACAUAUACUGAAACACAAGAUGGCGAAAAUCAAAAACUUCCGAAACCAUCCAUUUCUCUUUCUACACAACAAAAUCAACCACAUAACACAUAUCUCAAGUCGCAGGAUAUGUCAGAAUUUACAAAUCUUCUUGAAUCUCGUGCUCCAACAAUGACAAAUGAAUCCAAAUCUUCUCACAGACAUUCUAAGAGAGAUGACAAGUCAAAGCAGCCAUCAGAAGCUCCGAAAUCAAUCGCAAGCCGCUCAUUGAAGUCAAAGAGCUCCGCUCUCUCAACUCGUGAACAUUAUACCGGAUUAACUCCAACAUUGACUUCUCUACAGACUAAAACCUUCAUACAACCAACUCAGGAUACUGCUCCAAAGGAGGCUAUCGUUACAAAGACCGGUGAAAACCUUUACGAACUGUUCCAAUUUGAUGGAACACAUGAAAUUGGUCCAGCAACAAGAAUGAUGCUUGAACUUCGCGCUAAGAUGAUUGAGCGUGAAACUGCAUACGAAAGAAUCCCUGUUGCCGAUACAACAGAGAUAUCAAAUGAAGAUAUGAAGACAAAUACAACUCUUAGGAGUCUCCACACUAAAACAAAGAACUCCAGUGCAAAGAGCUCAGCUGCAAACACUCAAGAUUCUUCUGCUUCAAAACAUUCCACAAAAACAGCAACUCAUGAGUCAACAAAGGAUUCUACAAAAGAGUCGACCAAGGAAUCGACCAAAGAAUCUCUCAAAUCGAGGACAAAUACAAAAUCAGGAAAUAAUACUGUAGAUAGCAAACAGGAUAUGAAAACUAGCGAUGCAAAGCCUUCUGAGUCAUAUGAAGAGGAAGAAGACGCUGGCGAAGAAGAGGAAAAUUCAUUAUACGUUGAAGUUUCAAACAGUCAUUAA